AUUUGUGCCCUAUUUGUGUCCACACAUUUCAUAACAGUCUUAUGGCGUAAAUAUAAAACUCAAGUAAUGGUUACAUCUAUGGGAAAGGCUGUACUCAUUACUGGUUGUGAUACGGGAUUUGUGGUGAACAACGCCGGUAUAGCAACGGUGGGUCCACUGGAAUGGGGAUCAAUGGAUGACUACCACCGGGUGUUUGCCGUCAACACCUUCGGUGGCGUACGAGUGACGCGGACUUUCCUACCGCUCAUUAAGGCCUCGAAA